AUGCAGGAAGUUAACACAAAUGUCACAAUCUUCUGCGAUGGGAUUGGUGAACUGGCGGCAACGAAAAACAAAGUGAGAGGAGGCCAGGGCCAGUUCCCUAUCGUCCAGAACAUGACUGUGACAGAAGGAGGAAUAGCCAACUUGACCUGCCGUGUGGAACACAAUGACAACACCUCCCUCCAGUGGUCAAACCCUGCACAACAGACGCUAUUCUUUGGGGACAAGAAAGCGCUGAGAGAUAACCGGAUUGAGCUGGUCCGAGCCACGUCGCAGGAGUUGACGAUCAACAUCAGUGAGGUCACGCUGGCAGACGAGGGGAUGUACACCUGCUCCCUCUUCACCAUGCCUGUCAAAACAGCCAAGGCUUUCCUCACCGUCCUGGGCAUGCCUAAGAAACCAGAGAUCAAUGGACUCACCAAGCCUGUGUUGGAGGGAGAUCAAAUCACACUGACCUGUGUGACCUCUGGCAGCAAACCUGCAGCUGAUGUCCGAUGGUUCAAGAAUGAGAAGGAGAUCAAAGGUGCCAAAGAGGUGAAUACCAGUGGCAAGACUUUCACAGUGAAGAGCUCCCUUCAGCUCCUGGUGAACCGGCAUGAUGACGGUGUGGCCUACACUUGUAGAGUGGACCAUGUGGCCCUAAUUGCCACCCACGAAGAGACCACACAGGUCUUGGAGGUCCACUAUGCUCCCUAUGUAGAGAUCAAACACUCCAUACCAGCCCCACUGGAGGGGCAGUACCUCAAACUGGAAUGUGUACCUCAUGGAAACCCCUCGCCAGACCCAGUACUCUGGACUAAAGACGGAGGAGAGCUGCCAGACCUGGACCGGGUGAUUGUCGAAGGAAGAGAGCUCACCUUCAUGUCACUGAACAAAACAGAUAACGGCACCUACCGCUGUGAAGCUACCAAUCACCUCGGCACCAGCCACGCUGAAUAUAAACUGGUUGUUAAAGAUGCCCCCACCACAUCGUCACCAUCCACAACUUCCCCUGCACCCACCCUCCCAGACACUACAGGUCCCUUAGACUCCAAGCAUCUCAAUUCUGCUGUCACCGGUAACAGAGAUCCUAAUGCCCUGCCAGGCCCGCCAGACCACGCUCUGAUUGGUGGAAUUGUUGCUGUCGUCGUUUUCGCCACUUUGUGCUUAAUUAUUGUAUUAGGACGCUACCUGGCACGGCAUAAAGGCACGUAUUUGACAAACGAGGCCAAAGGAGCAGAUGACGCCCCGGACGCAGACACAGCCAUCAUCAAUGCUGACGGCAACCACGCACACGCAGAAGAAAAGAAAGAGUAUUUCAUUUAGACUGCAAUGGCACUGCGCUCCUCUCUCUCUCCUCUCGUUCCUUCGCUCCUUCUCUGCACCGUUUAGGAACUUCUUCAGACAGCAGCGGAAGCUUCGUCACACUCUUUCUGUUCAGUUUGUUGUUUUUCAUUUCAGUUCAGAUUUCUUUUGCUUUUUUCGAUAACAGCUCACCUGCUACUUUAUACGGGCAACUUGUUUGCUGAAGAUGUCACCUUUUGUAAUCAUUAAAUAGCUGUAAAACACCCCCAAAGUACUAAAAAAAGUCAAUCUCCAAAUAUGAAAAAAAUAUAUAGUCUGCAGCCAUCCUCCAGUAAGGACUCGCCCUUCAUCCUCUCACAGUACCUAAAUAUACAGAUGUCUGCUGAGUUUCAGUCAAUGCCUUCAUGUUUGUCAGGCCUCUGAUUGGUUGCUUGUUUUUUUUUAUCUUCAGCGUUAUGAUUUUUAAAAAUGUUUUGUGCUCUGUUUUUUUUUUUUUUAUUUCUACUUUAAUUUUGGUUGUGAUUCAUGCUGAAUCCUUUUAUUGUGAUGUUUCUCCCAAAAAAAAACACAAAAAAAAACAAAACAUGAUGUACAGUAGUAAAAAUAUACUCAGACUUGAAGUGAGGGAGGCUCCCUUUUUAUUCUACAGAUUUUUAGGUGUUAAUAAUGUUAUUGGUACGUAGAAAUGCUCCAUUUUGCAAAUUACCAUUAUAUGAUGUGAAACCGACAACUCACACUAUGGCUAAAAUCAGUAUUUUGUAUUUGAACUGUAGAUAUUGGUUCGUAAAUGAAUAGCUCCACAGAAGGUCUCAGUGUGUUCCACCGAAAAAUCACCUUGUAUUUAAAUUAGUUUAAACAGUUAUGUUUACCAACUCUAGUCACCAAAUAAACCCUAGCGGGCUAGUGAAUCAGCAAUCAGGCAAAGAAAGACAAAGAACGAAAAAGCCCAGUUGUGUGUUUGUGUGUCAGAUCCAUGGUCGAAGUGGGAACCAUCUGAUAUAUCAUCCUUUCAGCUGUUUACACAACCGUUGUGCCGAACACACGAAAUCUCACAACACAGAAAGUGAUAUUUAACAAAAACAAGUAGCGUGCAACUAUUUCAGUGCUCUUAAACCUUCACAUCACUGGUCAGAUCUAUAUACAGUCCAAGAAAGAUCCCAAAAAACUUUUUAUGCAAACCUGAACAUUUCACAUACAUUAUGAUAACACUGAGAGAACAUUGCCCAUGUGCCGCAUUCAUAAAGGCUCACUCAUUUUACAGCAUAAGGUUUAGGCCAAUCAAAAAAUAAGCACAAAUUACUCACAUCAACUCAUCAAUCGGUCUAAUACAACAAUCAUGAAGUAAAAAUAACUAACUUUGAUUUUCAUUACCCAAACUGGACAUCAGUACGCUUUACGGUCACUGAAGUCACAGGUUAUGUUAAUGUUUAGAAGUGUUUUUGGAAUUCCGUUCUUUUGUUGAUUUCUAUGAUGAAUAGACAACCUUGCUAAGGCUGUAUAAUAUAUCUGCUAAAUGUGGUAACUAGUGAAAACUGUUGUUAGACUUUGGGAUCCCUAAUUCCAUCAAGUUUGUAUAUUAGCUGAUCUAAAUAUUGGUGGGGGAAAUCGUUAAUUUUUUCAUCUUAUUUGUCAUUCAAAGAUUCUCGACAACUUCAUAACCUUUGCUUUAGCUCAAGGCAUGUAUAUACUGUACAAGUAUCACAUUUUGGUAAAACAUUUUUGAAAGAUUGUUGUUGUUUGACUCACAGUGUAAAUUAUUUAAUUUUGCUUCAUUGAAAACCACUGAAUGAGUAUGACGGCAUUUGUGACAGCAAUGGAAUACUUAAUGAAAUGGCAAUUCUAUGUAUUUUUUGAAUGGGAGACUUCUAGCAUUUAAAUCACUUUUACCUGAUGUUCGUUUCCUGUAAAUGAUGACGAUUAGCGUUCAUACUUGCUUUCGCAGUCUGUCUCCGUUCUCACAUAAGAAAGAUAUCACUGAAGCUUAGGAAACCAAUAGAUGGUUAAGCUUCACAUUUUCAUAGUAAAUCUCAAAAAUAUCUUUUAAUUUAAGUCAUAAUGCACCACAAUAACACAUAUCACUUCCAUAUACAAGUAUGUUGCUCAAAUGUAAUUGUCUCGUCACAUGUAUCCCUAAUAUGUGUGAAUAUAUUAAUGGUUAGGAAUAUGGUAUACUUUGACAGAGUCACUGGGCUGUGUGUUAUCAGUCAGAUUACAUACUUCUUAAGGCCAAACUACAGUGCACAAAAAGAUAAAUUUAAGCCUUAUGAAAAGAAAAAUAACCACUGACUCAAGCCACAAUUACCGUUUUUGUUUUUUUCCUGCUACGUUAUCUCUCUUUAUGUGGAUUGGCUCAAAGCUGUCUGUCUGGCAUAUUAACUGCUAACAGUGUUUGGUACUUGUCUGUCUUAUUGUGACACUGACCUAAUGCUGCCUUUGUGGUCAGUAAAAUCACAUGCUAUUAUCAAGAAAAUAUAUCCACUUGCUCAGAUUUUGACCCAUUACAGGAAAUUCUCAACAUUUCUAAGAAAAAUAAAUCAGCUUCUUUUAUCACCAUAAUUGCCUUUGUGUUUGUAGUGGGAGCUUCAUGCUGUUUUGUUUCAGCUCUUAUGGGUUCUUGUUUCAUUGAAGACUGGUCACCCAAUGCCUGGUUGUUUCUUUUCCUUCAAAUUUGCCUUUAUAUAUUGCAUGUUAUAAUGUCACCUCAUAUUCGCUUUUUUAAUGCACCAAAACACAUUUCCAGUUUGAUGUUUUUUGUUAAUCUAGUGAUUGCAGUGGAAUUUUACAAAGAGUUCAUAGCUAAAAUAACGGCCUAAAAUGUUUGGAUAAAUACUGAGAUUUAUUCAGUCAAUCAGUGUUGUAAUUUGCCAUUUGAAUCCCCAGUAUAUUUACUAUAGCUGGUAUGGAACGAUUGUGAUUAUGAAAAUACAGACUGUACAAACAUGUUAACGGCAAGCUAUAUUGAAAUAAAUUAUGGUGUACUGAUUUGAAUAGAUGUCACUGUACCAGUGUGGGGUGCUCCAAACUAGUCAUUUAGGAGAUUCCAUAAGAGUUAUGAUGCUCCAUAUAAAGGCAGCUCACAGGUUUAGGAACAGAGCUCAAAUUUUGUCAGUCAGAAACAUUUUUGAGUCUGCUAGUGGCAGUUCAUCUACAACUGCUAUAUGUUGUGGAUACAGAUUGAACAUUAUGAUCUGAAAAAAAAGGUUCCAUAUAUGUUCAAAUAAAACACACAUGGCUUGUUUCUCCUGACAAACUAUAAGAAUAUAGACUACCAAUUAGCAGGCAGAUUUUAUUGGCAGAGUAAUGAUAGUUUCCCUUAGAACCAUCUAAAAUGCACCAUUUAUGAUCACAGUGAAAUGUGGUAAUAGUAAAAUUAAUUUACACUCAUCGACUUUCUUUUAAUUUAAUCAAAAGGUUUAGGUUUCGGUAUAUUUCAUACACUGAAAUAAAAUAAUUUGUGUAUUAAAAAACAUCUAGCAAGGAGUCUUUUUAACAAACAGUCCAGUUUUUAAAA